AUGUACGGGUUGCCGUCGGCCGUGCAGCGGGCUGCAAAUCGCGUUGAGGUGGUGCAGAGCGCUCGGAGGCUGAGCGAGCGCGGCGCAGGCGCCCAGGUGAGUCAGGUGGGCCCGCCCCCAUCGCCGCCGCGCGCCUCGCGCACCUGCCUCGCCGCUCAGUCCACCGCCAAACGCCGGCCCGGCGACUUGUGCCCCGCGCACGCCACUCACCGCACUCACGCGAGCCCAGCGCGACGUCUCCCGCCUCGUCCGACCGCUAACAGCGUCCGCACCUCCCCCGCGCCCCCCAACUCGCCGCCCCCAAACACUCGCCCGAGUGCCGAGUCGCACGCGGCCCGUCCCACGGCCGACGCGGAGGGCCUCCAGGAGGCCGCCGCCACGCUGUUCCCGCCGCAGCUCGGGUGCGUGCCCUACGUGACGCCGUGCGCCUGCUGCCCGCCGCUGAUAUUGCAGCCGGCACCGCACCCGCACCCCCACACGUUGCCGCUGCCACUCCCGCUGCCCUUCGCCUUCCCACUCCAAGCCCUAGACCCCCAAGUCGCUAAACACCAGCGUCUGGUGCUCUCUAACAUGGUAAGUGCGAAACGGUGCGUUUCCCGCCUUUCGGCGCGCUUGCCGCUCGGCCGACAACACGUCUCGGAGAGAGCGCUCGCCGCUCGGGCUGCAAACAAACGUAUC